GUCAUCUCCAUUCCAUUCCAUUCCUCACCAUUGAACAACAAGAACAAUCACUAUAAUCAGAUCCCAAAAACCAAGCAGCAAGAGCGAUGAAGAAGGCUUCGUCGCUGUCGGAGCUGGGGUUCGACGCGGGCGACGCGUCGUCGGGCUUCUUCCGCCCCGUGUCCGACGACGCCACCGCCACGCCGACGUCGCACCGCCGGAGGCUCACCAAGGUGUCUGUGAUCGGCGCCGGCAACGUGGGCAUGGCCAUCGCGCAGACCAUCCUGACGCGGGACCUCGCCGACGAGAUCGCGCUGGUGGACGCGGUCCCGGACAAGCUCCGCGGGGAGAUGCUGGACCUGCAGCACGCGGCGGCGUUCCUGCCGCGGACGCGCCUCGUCUCCGACACGGAUCUGGCCGUCACCAGGGGCUCCGACCUCGCCAUCGUCACCGCGGGGGCGCGCCAGAUCCCCGGCGAGACGAGGCUCAACCUGCUGCAGCGGAACGUGGCGCUCUUUAGGAAGAUCGUGCCGGCGCUGGCGGAGCACUCGCCGGAGGCGCUGCUGCUCGUCGUGUCCAACCCCGUCGACGUGCUCACCUACGUGGCCUGGAAGCUGUCGGGGUUCCCGGCGAGCCGCGUCAUCGGGUCCGGCACCAACCUCGACUCCUCAAGGUUCAGGUUCCUCCUCGCCGAGCACCUCGACGUCAACGCGCAGGACGUGCAGGCGUACAUGGUCGGCGAGCACGGCGACAGCUCGGUGGCGGUGUGGUCGAGCGUCAGCGUGGCGGGGAUGCCGGUGCUCAAGUCGCUGCAGGCGAGCCACCGCUGCUUCGACGAGGAGGCGCUCGAGGGCAUCCGCCGCUCCGUCGUCGACAGCGCCUACGAGGUGAUCAGCCUCAAGGGCUACACCUCUUGGGCCAUCGGCUACUCCGUCGCCAGCCUCGCCGCCUCGCUCCUCCGGGACCAGCGCCGCAUCCACCCCGUCUCCGUCCUCGCCAGGGGGUUCCACGGCAUCGCGCCCGAGAACGACGUCUUCCUCAGCCUGCCCGCAAGGCUCGGACGCGGCGGCGUGCUCGGCGUCGCGGAGAUGGAGCUCACCGAGGAGGAGGCCAAGAAGCUCCGCCGCUCCGCCAAGACGCUCUGGGAGAACUGCCAGCAGCUCGGCCUCUGAUCUUUAAUUCAUUGGGAUCCAUCUCACUGUGUUUUGGAUCGGGUUCCUUGCUAUUGCUACCCCACGCUGCCGCGUCGCCUUUUUCAAUGUUAGACUUCAUUCAUGUGCUUUCUCGUUAAGGGCUCGUUUGGUGCCAUCCGGCUCCGGCUCGCCGGUCCGUGAGGGCGAGGAGGGAGAAACAAAACCAACUUCCGUGAACAUUGUAGCUACAAUAUAUGAAUAGUGGUGUAUGUCAAGUGAAGUCGGAGUCGGUGGGAGCUUCACCAAACUAGACCUAACUAUAUGAAUAGUGGUGUAUGUCAGGGGAAGUCGGAGUCGGUGGGAGCUUCACCAAACUAGACCUCAUAUAGUGGUAGACCUCAUAUAGUGGUGUAUGUCAAGGGGAAGUCGGAGUCGGUGGGAGCUUCACCAAACUAGACCUAACUGUUCCUGCGGUUUAUUUUUACUGAAAAGUUUAGUGUUCAAGCACCAUAUAUUCAGCUUACCUGAACAAUUUGCACA